AUGCCACACAUGAGUUUAGGAGGCUCUGAGGAUUUUUAUUCUACCGACGAGGUGAAGGUUUACAAAGAUGAAGGGAAUAAAGACGAGGAGAGAUGUUCAUCGGAAAAUUUAAGCGAAGAGAAGUUGGUUCUGGUGACGGAAUCCGAAGAGGGAAAGAGUUCUUCGUUACCUGGAAAUUUUUCGGAGAAGUCGAACAACACCACAGAUGAUGAAACAUCAUCGUCUGGACCGCUGGUUCCUGGACAAGGAUCGCCAAGCACGAUUGGCUUCUUCCUGCCACACUAUGCAUCCCCUUACACAAAUGGUUCCGCCAUG